AUCGAGACGUGUCGGCCAGUUGACCGGAGCUUCUGUACCGAUCAUCUUAUAAUCAAAAACGAUCACAGAUCAUCUUAUUAUAGAAACCAAAAAAAAUAAAACGACAAGUGAAUCCUGCAGAAAUAAAGAUAGAAUACAAAGGGUGGUGAUGUGAAUCCAGUGAGAGUGUUCCGUACGCUUCAAGAUCAAGAAAAAAUAUCCCCGCCGGUGCCAAUCAAAACAUAUCAAUGGGAAGACGUAAGGAGAGCUCGUGAGGCAGGAGGCUACCCCUGGACACAUCUGCUAAAAGUACCACUGGAAGGUGAAAUAACAGCCGAGGAUAUUAUCCGAGAGUCCACUCCAAGAAGAAGUAUGUCUCGAGAAGUGUCAAGAUCUCGGACACGUUCUCCAGUGGACAGGGAUGUGCAAAAAAUAUUGAAUCUCGACUCUUCACCAGGCAGUAGUCGUAAACAUGGAGAAGAAGGUGAAGAUGAAGGAGUGCAUAUACCCAAUUUCUCCAAAGAAGUGUCAAUUGAUUCUGAAAAUGAAGCUAUUGCAAAGGAACCAGAAAACCAAACAAGUAGCCAUUUAGCGACACCUGUGGAAGUGCCUAAAAAUGUUUCACCAAAAAGUAUAUUGAAACGUCGUGCACCUGAGCAGCAUUACAUUGUAACAAAAACCCGCGAAAAAACGAAAUGUUGUCAUCCUCUAGUAAACAAAAUUAAACAUUUAGCUGAUAAGACACUACAUAAACUAGAGCGGACUGAAAAUGAAAAAUCUCCGUCAGCUAAGCGUAAGAAAAAUGAAAAUCUUCAGGAAAUAAGACAAUUAAAAUCAUCACCUGGAGCAGUUCGCCGACAAAAGUUCAGUGCCAUUAAGUUGGGAGAUUCAGAUGAAAUGAGUAAAACAAUGAGCAUGGAAACACCACCUCCAAGGAAAAAGAAAGAACAUAUUUACGAAGACAUCGAAGAAAAAAGCAGGGAAACAGAUAAAUCCCUACAUUUUUCUCCAGAUAUAGAAAAACUUGACACUGACAAUGUCGAAGAUGAGAGAAAAUCUAACAGCAACAAAGAAAACGAAAGUUUAACUGAAAAGAAAUCAAAUGCGUCUCAAGACCCAAGCUUAGUGGUAGAAGAUAAUACUUCUCUCAAACCCGAAGAACAUAUAAUGGAACAUCUACAUAAAAAAGACGACAUUAACAAAGAAGCAUUGCUAUUAGAUGACGAAAUGGAUCCUGAUGAACCUAAUGUAGAUGAAAUAUUCCAAAACCAAUUCGACGAACCCAGACCAAAAACAGAUUCACCCAAUAUCACCAUUACAGAAAUUAUAGACGAAGAAAUCGUAGAGGUAACUGAGGAACAGACAACAGUACCAAUUGAAACUUCGCCCAGUCCUAGCCCAAGAGAAACUUUAAGAAAAAGGAAUGAAGCUGAACUCGUCAGCAGUGAAUGGUCUAAACCCAGCAGUGAUCACGAAUAUGAAAUUAUCGAGAAACCGCCGCCAAAUGUUAUUUACAAUGCCCCAAGUGUAGAUGAAAGAACUACGAUGGUAAAAACGGAUGACGAGUUAUCUAGUACGACCUCACUAGAACGUAAAUACUUGCAACCGGCAUCAGACGAAGAUGAACAAACGGAGGAAAAAGAAAACAUAGGCGAUUAUAAAAAUGAAGAAAUAGAACACGCCGAAGCUUUGCAAAAAGACAUAGAAGAUCGCUUCUUUGUAAACACGCCGUCAACUGUAUCAAGAACAGAAUGUGAAGUUAGUACGAGUCAGGUCGAUUCAUCGGCAUUAGAAAAUCUCCCAUUAAAGCGGGAAAAUCGAACUAAAAAUGUAGAAAGUCUGGAUAGCAGAAUUCAACAGCGAAUUAAAGAAGGAACUGGUAAACUAAAGACCCAGGCUGGAAAACUGAAAACUAAAAUACAAAAUAUGAAAAAUACACAAUUUACAAUGCCAGAACGACCAAAAAUUAAUUUACCUAGCCGACCAAAAUUUAAAAUGCCUGAGCGUCCAAAAAUUUCUAUGCCUGACAGACCUAAGUUCACUUUGCCAGAUAAACGAAAAUUUAGUUUACCUGAUCGUCCAAAAUUCAAAAAAAUUAAUAUAUCUGAAAAAUUGAGUUUUGGAGAUCGUAAAAAGUUUACACUUCCAGAAAGGCCGAAGUUUAAUGUUCCAGAUCUUCCUAAAUUUAAAAUGCCAGAUAGGCCAAAAAUGAAUUUCCCUUCUUUGGGAAAAAAGAAGGAAUACAAAGUGGAAACUACGGGAUCGAGUUCCGAUUUAAGAAAUAUUGCUACUGUAGAAUUCGAAGCUAAAACUUAUCCUAGAUUAUUUGGCCGGAAAAAGAAGUCUGAGCUCCCAAAAACGUCAUCUUCACCUACUUUAAACAGGGAAGAUACUCCACCUCCUAUAUUUACAUUUACACGAGUGAAGAAAAGUCAACCUGAAAACGCACCGUAUAUCCCAGAUAGCCCACAACAGCCUAGGGAGUAUGGAAAUGUGGACAAUGAAUCGGAAGAAAGAAAACCAUACGACACUACAUACGAUUUUGAUAACUUGGACGCCGAAUACAUAAGUGACCCUGAAACACAGAAAUUCAAUGACAGUCGUAAUGCAGCGUCUAUACCUGAUAUUUCACCGUCAAACCAAGAAUAUACACAUGUUAUAAACGAAAUAAAUAAUGACGAAUUUUUUGUACGACCGAGAGGAAUUUCUCGCGAAAAUAUUCAAGUUAGAGAAUAUUUAAGCGACGAAAUACGACAAGCAUUUAAAAUCCCAAAGAAUGUCCUCGCAUUAAUGGGGAGCACUUCCGGGAUUAGCAACGAAAAUAUGUAUGCCAAUGAACCAGAUGCGGAUCCAGAGCUAAUGAUUGAUGAUAAUGAGCCGAUGCGGUAUUCAAGCGAAGAUUUGAAUGAUAAAGAUGAUGGCUACUAUACAUUCCCGCCGGUGCGUCCGUCACGAGCAAAACGCAAGAAAAAGGAAAAAGAACCAUCAGAACCUAUUCAGUACAUUGACGACAGUGUACAUGCUAGUAUGCAAUUUAGUGAAGUAGACUUAGGGCUUCCCGAAGAUCAAGAAAUGAAUCACGCACUCCCCGAUGAACAUUUAGAAACGAACGAAUGCGAUCAAUUAGAUUUUUCUCCAACUAAUGAUUUACGUUCUAUUCAUGAAUAUGCUAAUGAUGAAGUUUUAGAAUAUCCUGAGAACGUUCCGAUACAGUCACAAACUCUACCAAUGCCUCCAAAAAGAAAGAAGAAAAUGAGCAAGGACUUUAAACAUUCAUCUUUAAUAGACGUGAAAGACGUAGUAGAUUCCAGUGCAAUUUGGGAAGAGUCUCAUGAGCCCGUAGAAGAUAUAAUAGUAUAUCGAACUGAGCAUGAAUACAUUGUGCCUCGGACCGAAACUACUGUUACUGAACAUAGCCCAGUACCACCACGUCGUAAUCGCUCUAGAAGCUCGCGAGGGACUUCGCUUUGUGACGAUGACCGAACUUCACACGGUGCUGAAUCCUUAACUCUUGAUACGCAUCUACCUCAAACAGAUGAUACGCCAGGUGACAGAGAGAUUCGUCACGAGAGUCCAGGAUAUGCAACGGUAGAUAAAGGUCCCUACGCGCCAAGUAAGGCUAUCAGACGCUCAAAGAGCAAAACGCCGCCUGUAAGGCGCCGCAAAAGUAACAGCUCCGAGCGUAAAUAUUACACUGUAGGUCCGUCAAAACCUAUGAUUCCUGAUCGCCCGCCAAGGAAAAAGUCUUCAACUAGUCUCGUUACUUUAGAUAGUUUCUCAAAAAGAUCUGUGAGUGCUGACCUAACUCAAUAUGUAGAAAUUGAUGAACCUCCCAUCGAAGAUGUACACAAAGAUUUGAAAUCUGGUGAAAUUUUAAAUAAAAUGAAAGACAGACCUUUACCACCGCCGCCAAGGCCUCCAAGAUUAUCCAAAAAAGACAAAACUAAAAAAACUGAAGUCUGUGAUUCUGAGCCAGAACAUAAAAUCGGGUCUGCAGUAACGUCUCUACCUAUUGAUUUUUCUAAAGAACCAUCGAAAAUUGAAGAAAUUGAAGUUUCUACACAAACGGAUCCUCUUCCUGAUGACAUGGAUUUUGAAUUAGGUAUGGAAGAAAAUCUGGACAUAUCAAUAUCAAGUUCACUACGAGACAUCGUUGACGAGGAUUCCAUGGCUUGUAAAAGUCGAAGUAAAGCUGUGGAGAGCCCACGUUUCUCACGCCCUACUUCAAGAUCAGAUAAAUCAUUAAAACUUUCAGAUCCUAAAAUAUCUGAAUUAUCAAAAUCAAGUUUAGGUCGUACAUCACCAACAGUUAUAUUGGUAGAGAGACGAGUUUCAAGUCCCACGAGAAUAAAUGAACGAGAGGAGAUGUUAACAGAGGCGUCUCUUACUGUUCAACAUAUAGAUAUCGAUGAAUCUCAAAUUCCAGACGUACCCCCACUUCCAAGGUCUAGAGGCACGUCAGGUAAAGCUAAGAGUUCUAAAAAUAUGCCAUUGCCGAAUGAGGAUAGAGCCCUUGAAAGAGUAACUGACACUAGUAGUAGGGACGUUCAGAUAGAUAAUUUAGUAACGCAACGUCUUCAAGUAAGAGACUUAGACGUGGGGCGUUUAAACGUUUCUGAACUGCAAGCUAGUAAAAUACUGGUAUCAGAUAUAGAAGGUAUGACUUUACAAGUAACAGAACUAGAUUCCAAAUCAGGGCACAUUUCUGUCAGUGGUAUUGAAUUUUCUCAAUCCGUUAUAGACGAAAUCGUUAAAAAGUUUGCAGAAAUAACAACGACACAAACGUCUGCGUCGCAAAUUCAUGACGUAAGUGAACAGCAAAGACCCAUAAGCAGAGAAGGACAAACCCAAACAGAAGAAGCACAAGAAAGCAAAAUGGUGAGUAAAUCAUCCUUAGAGGAUAGCCAAGCCCAAGCACCACCUAGGUCAGGAGAGCAAUCUCCACCGCCUCCUCCACCGAGAUCAGACGAGCAAUCUCUUUCCCCACCACCAAGGCCUGCGGGAUCUGAUGAUUCGCUUCCACCUCAAAGGCCCCCACCUCCAGAUUUAACGCCGCUUUUAUACUCAUAUCUGCAAGAUUUAUCUAUGCCACCCGCUCCAUUGUACGGAGCUAGGUCGUUACGAGAACGUCCUUUUACUGAAUUCCAUGAAUCACAACACCAGUCUCCACCAACAACAACGCGAAGAGCUAAGAGGAAGCCUGCAGCUCCUCACAGUGAAUCAAGUUCAGAUGAAGGCAGAGUUCGUCCAUCGCCGCGACGUAUGCCUCCUCCAGUAAGAGGUCACGAACCUACCAUCACUGAGGCUGGUGCUCAAUUCAUACGCGUUUGUCAUAACUCUAUUAGUAGAACAUUGCGACACAUUUUCAAUUCUUUCAUGUCCUACAUUAGUGGAAAUGAAGACAAGAAGGACGUUCAAAUGGCAUUGGUAAUAUUUUUAGUGCUGAUUGCGGGGCUAAUAAUGUUUGGACUUAGCGACAGUCGAACAGUUCAUCAUCAUCAUUGGGAAUUUUUCAAUCCUCCAGAUAGCAAACAGUGACAAAUAUAAACUACUUACAAGAUUAUUUAAAAACAUAUAAGUAGGUAGAUUACUUGUAUUAACAUCUAUUAAUCAUUAUAGCCAAAAGUCACGAAACAAUAACGAAAGUGUCGUAGAAUUGAAAACAAAUAUUCUAGCAUUUCGUGUAAUCCAGACUUUCCAAUACAGAUUAAUAUUUAAAACAAGCAAUAGGUACGUAGAUUUAUAGACAUAUUCAUAAUUAAUUUAUUAAAUACGUAAGUACUUAUUCCCUACCUUCAUGAUGUCUACUUACAGAAUAUUAAUACUUUGGGUCCGCUUCCGGGAAGAAGGGAAUACUAAGGUUUGUCCUAGAUGAUUCAAACAUCAUUGAAACACGUGCGUGAAAGAAUGUGUUUUAAAAUGGUUGUUAGAACGAUAAUGCGUUGCUCCACAAGUGAUGGUCAAAAUCUAUCUGGGUUCAUUACAGAAAAUUAUUUUGAUAAUUAUCUUCACUUUAGUAAGUGGAAUACUUAGUUAUGUGUCAGAAGAAUAUAUCUAUCAGGUUCCCCUAGCCUUCAAAUAAUUAUAAAAUAUUAACAAACUACACUAUGUUAUUUAGUUGUAUUGUAUAAUUAUUAAAGUAUUUGAUCCGCACUGAUUAAUAACAAUGUACUUAUAGUGUGGGUGGUGUUAUGCAUUUUGUAAAUUUCUUUUGUUGUGUAAUUGUAAUAAAAUAAAGUUGGACUAAAAUACAA